AUGAAAAUGGAAUGGGUUUACAUGUGUAUAGCUACUUUGUUGGCAUGCUACAUUUUUGUAAACAAAAUAGUGAAGAAUUUGAAUGGAUGGUAUUAUACUCUCAAACUAAGAAACAAAGACUACCCUUUGCCUCCUGGCCAUAUGGGAUGGCCUUUAAUAGGGAAUCUAUUUACUUUCAUUCAAGAUUUCUCAUCAGGCCAACCUGAUUCAUUCAUUACCAAUCUUAUCCUCAAAUAUGGAAGAAAUGGCAUCUACAAGACACACUUGUUAGGAAAUCCAAGUAUCAUAAUUUGUGAGCCUGAAAUGUGUAGACGAGUGCUAUUAGAUGAUGUGAAUUUUAAUCUUGGUUAUCCAAAAUCAAUAAAGAAGUUGGCACGAUGUAGACCAAUGGUUGAUGUAUCUAAUGAAGAACGUAAGCAUUUUCGACGUGUAAUUAUUGCUCCCAUUGUUGGUCACAAGGAACUAGCAAUAUAUAUAGAACGUCUCGAGGACAUUGUGGUCAAUUCCUUAGAAGAAUUGUCAAGCAUGAAGCACCCUAUUGAGUUCUUGAAAGAAAUGAAGAAAGUUUCCUUUAAAGCCAUUGUCCAUGUUUUCAUGGGAUGUUCUAAUGAGAACAUUAUUAAAAACAUUGGAAGUUCACUAAAUGAUUUGUAUAAGGGCAUGUUCUCUAUUCCCAUCAAUGCACCUGGUUUUACUUUCCACAAAGCGCUCAAGGCACGCAAGAAGAUUGGCAAAAUAGUUCAAUCUGUUGUGGAUGAAAGGAGAUUGAGGAUAAAAAAUGGUGAACAAGUGGGAGAGAAAAAAGAUCUUAUGGAUAUUCUGUUGGAAGUGAAAGAUGAGAAUGGUAGAAAAUUAGAAGAUGAAGAUAUUAGUGACUUAUUGCUUGGCCUUUUAUUUGCUGGUCAUGAAAGUACAGCAACUGGUUUAAUGUGGUCAGUUACAUAUCUUACACAGCAUCCACAUAUUCUGAAAAAAGCCAAGGAAGAGCAGGAAGAAAUCUUGAGGACAAGACCAACCUCCCUAAAACGAUUGAGUCUUAAUGAAGUCAAACAAAUGGUUUAUCUUUCUCAUGUAAUCAAUGAAAUGUUACGAUGUGCCAAUAUUGCAUUUUCAACUUUUCGAGAGGCAAUAUGUGAUGUCAACAUCAAUGGUUAUCUCAUACCUAAAGGAUGGAAAGUGCUAAUAUGGGCAAGAGCUAUUCAUAUGAGUGAUGAAUAUUACCCAAAUCCACAAGAAUUUAAUCCAUCUAGAUGGGAUAAUUACACUCCCAAAGCAGGGACCUUCCUUCCUUUUGGAGCAGGAAGUAGGCGUUGUCCUGGAGGUGACUUGGCAAAACUUGAAAUUUCCAUAUUUCUUCAUUAUUUUCUCCUUAAUUACAGAUUGGAGCGAAUAAAUCCAGAAUGUCCUAUUACCAACUUGCCAGUAUCUAAACCCAUUGACAACUGUCUCGCUAAAGUGGUAAAGGUGUCACAUGCUUAGCUACUUUCAAAUUAAUCCACUUAGUAUCUAAAUUAUUUGUUUAUGUAUCGUUAAAUGUAUUAUUUAUUUAUGUCUCCUGUGUCCUAUGGGAGUCAUAAACAUUUCUAGUUAUUGUUGUUUUUAGUUUGCUGGUUAAUUACUAUGUCUAUGUUUAGAAGAAGCAAUGAAUAAUAAGUUUGCAAAAGAAAAUAAUAAUAAGUUUGUAAUUAGUGUAUUAAUUUGACAUCA